UUGGUUUGCUUUGGCUGGUGAGAAACCACUUGCUGAUCAAUCAUAUAGCACAGUACUUAUUACAACUUUUAAGGAUACCAUUGUCAUCCUGGCCAAUCUUGGCCAAUUACUCCUAUUCUAUGCUAACUGA